UUCGUUGUAAGAAGUUGGGUUGUAUCUUUUAAUUACAGUUUCUUUAACUAGUUUUGGAUCUUUCAUUGUCCUAUUAGUUUCUAUCUACAUACUCUUGCUCAUGGUUUCUUUAACUAAGUUUGGAUAGUAUUUUGUUUUGUUUUGCAUUACCUUGCCAUUUUUUUUUUCGCAACUCAAAAUGAGACCAAUUAAAGAUGGGAAAACAGAGCUCCUUGAAAAUGAAUGGCUGAUUGAGAUGCGAGUGAAUCGAUAAGCUUUGAUCUCAAAGACCUUGCUACUGCUGCUAAAAAGCUUGUGAACCAUGUUAUCUAUCUUGGCAGCUGAAUCUUGGACUUUGUUGGAGGCCCGGCGAAGUAUCGAUUUCAGCUGAGAUUGGACAAAGAUUGGCUUGCUAUGAAGCUCUCUGUCACGGUUCUCUUCCUCUCUCGGCAGUUUCUGUGUCCAUCGACCACCACCACUCUAUUUCUCCCGCUGUCACGAAAACCUAAGCAGCACUCUGUCGUUCUCUCUCUGCAGGCAAUGUUAGGGUUUGGUGAGGGGGUUCUUGACGGUGUCUCAGUUCCCUCUAGUUUCGAGUCUUGAAUCGACGUCGGUCUCUUCUCCUCUGCUCCUUCAAGGCCUAAAAAAACCCUAAAUUUUGGUUUCGGUUAUGACUUUGUUCACAAACGUCCUCCUCCUUCUCAAUCCUGUGACAGACAAAAGUCGCGAUUUGCUGUAGGUGUUGCUGGGAUUUCGAAUUGGGUUCUGUGCAGAGAAGGAGUGAUUCUAAGGGAACUUGAGAAUGGCUUGUAAAGCAAAGCUUAUGAUUCCUGAGGAUGAGAAGUACGAAGGAAAGCCAUUUGCCCUUUCACACACAAGGACCGCCAUUACAACAAUAAAGGUGAAGUUCAAUACGCAGCAGUUACAGAGGUUCGAGGGAAGUUGUUUUGGUCAUCUAUUACUGAUAGAGGACCUCAAGUGGAAUUCACAAAUUGUCCACGGCCUGUUGAUGAGGAAGGCUGAUCCUAAGACAAUUACACAGGUGAACGGGAUAAAAUUCAUUGUGGGUAACAAGUUGAUACAAUUCACAGCCCAACAAUUUUGCCUCAUCACGGGGCUAAGGUUCGAAAAGCUCCCUUUCAUUCCGAAGGCGACAAAUGAAAAUUGCUCGUUGAAGCGAAAAUACUUCAGCAGCAAUAAACCUGCCACCCUUUUGGACCUACACACCGUCUUCAUCGAGUGCACAGAUGAUGAGGAUGCGUUAAAGCUUGGAAUGGUCUAUUUUGCCAUUUUUGUUCUAUUGGGUAGUGAAAAGCAUAUGCUUAUUGACAUACGCUAUUUGAAGUUGGCUGAAGACCUAGAGGAGUUUGACAAGUAUCCAUGGGGCGCAGUGUCAUAUGCAAUGACAAAUGCUUCACUGUUGAGGGCAGUUUGUGCUGAAUACCAACGAGUGAAAGUGCCCCAAAAAAGAAAAAUGCCCAAACAAAGUGGAAAGAGAGCGCAGACAAGAAUGCGAAGUGGUAGACCAAGAGAGUACAUCAUAAGGGGGUUUGGCUUCGCUCUUCAGAUUUGGGCUUUUGAAGUGUUCCCAGCAUUGGAAGCAUUGCAUUUCACGGUCCAUGAAGACAAUAGUCACAUCCCUCGAAUAUUACAUUGGAGGAGCAACACGGUGGCCCGUUUUCGGGAGGUUAUGAGUCAGGUUUUUGAAAACUUUGAGGUUGAUGUGCAACUUCUCCGGCCAACAGAUAUUGAGAAGCAACAACCUUACUGGAGUUCGGGUGAUGAUGACAAUGAAGAAGAAAUUGUUGAAUUAUUUGGGGAUAAGGCCGAAGAAAAAACCGGCACUUUUAGUGAAGAAAAAGACGCGGAUGUUGAGGAAACAGCUACCCUUCCCUCCUCUUCUAAGAUGAGCAUGACCUCUUUCCAAUGUUGUGAAAAUAUUGCGAAUACGAUAGGAAUGAAGUGGAAAUAGUUUCCUGGUUUUUUGUAAGCUUUCUAACUGUUGCAGUAUAACUGUAUGCAGGGCAAAGGGUCUGUUAAUGACGUUCGCAGUUUGAAGCAUCAAUUACGAAGCACUAAGGAUCAGUUGGAAAAUCUACGUAGUUCAAAUCGGGGGCUUAGGAACAGAGUUCGUGACUUGGAAGCUAUUGUACAGAAGAACUGUUUCAAGCAUGAGAACAAGUGUGACAGAAAUAAAAACGCUAUUCGGGAUUUGACCCUAAAAAUUGCUUCAGUCGAACAUUAUUUUAAGUUGGAGAUGGAGGAGUUAAAAAACAAUUAUGGUGGAGAAGGGCAUGAGGAAAUCUGUACUGCUCAGAUGAAUGAAGGAGGGCAGAAUGAAAUGUCACCCUUCAAUGAACCUACUAGUCCGACUACAGCAGCACCUAAAAUGGACACUCAAGUUCCAGCUGAUGGAGUAGAAGCCUUCCCAGGCAUGCAUACAGAACGGGGUGAAAUGGAAGCAGCAGUCUGUGGUGAUGGAGUGGAAGGCUUUCCAGCCAUGCAUAUAGAAGGGGCUGCAAGGGAAGCGGAAGUCCCUGCUGAUGGAGUGGAACCCUUCCCAGCCAUGGAAGUCGUAGACACUGAAAUUGAAACUUCAGUUCGUGAGAGGCAAGUGGACCAACAACCUCACAAGGUUCCUACCUCUGAAGAUGUGAAGCUUCCUAGUGUUGAAGAUGCCCUCCUUCCUACUCCGGAAGAUGGGAAUGGGUAUAGAGUUAUUUGUAAAACAAUGUUACAUUUGUUAGAGGAUUGGAAGAAGACAGAAAUUGAGGGGGUGGGAUGCAAGGUCAGGCCUCCCAUGAAAUGUAACAUAAGUCUGGUUGGUGAUGAAGGGGACAACGAGGCUACUGCCACGGUUCGAAAACGAGAUGCUGAAGGCAAAGGGUGCAGACUUAAGCGGGCUGCGACACCAUUGUUGAGUCCAUUCACCGAUCCCUUCAGGAAAAAGAUGAAGGUUACUGAUUUGCAUGCACAGACACCUCAGCCCCGUUUUGAUCCGACAAAACCCGUGGCCAUGGACGAUGUGAAGGCUAUCAUACAAGUUUGCAGGGCUUGGAAAACUGACAUCAGUGCGGAGCUGGAGCUCGAACCAUUUGAAGUUGGGGCAUAUUUUUUUACAAACUGAUAGAUGAAACUGCAUGGAUGAGCUCGAGGCACCUUGACAUGGCCAUGUUUCUAAUACGCAAAAGACAACUCUCUCAUCCUCAACUAUUUGGAAGGGAGUGGACAACCGCCGAGUUUUGUCUGCAGCAAUUUUUACAGCCGUUUGCAAUGCCAAGUGCCAAACGAGUCACGAGGAAACAAUAUGCUUCAAGGACCGUUGACCCUCCGCCUAACUACCUCAAAAAUGUACACCACUUUGUCAAUGGGUCAUGGCAACAUGGGUAUGCGCAAGCAUGGACGAAAGUGCGCAAGGUCUAUCUCCCGUAUAAUGUUCGACAGUCCCAUUGGGUGGCAGUAGAAGUCGACUUUGUGCGACAUACUGUCACUGUCUAUGACUCGUAUUCUGAUUUUACCUCCAACAGUAUGCUUGUCCGAUUCAUGGAGCCUAUUACCCAUACGCUUGCAAAGGUGCUGCAUGAAAUGAGGUUUUAUGAGAAAUCGGAGGUUGAAGCGGUGAAGAGAAAGGGGACUGACAUGUCAAACUUUAACCCAUUCACAAUUUGCAGAAUUUCCGAUGUUCCUCAACAAAGUGAUGGUACUUCAUGUGGCAUUAUGACAGUCAAAUAUAUUGAGUACCUUAGUGCCGGCAUUCCUUUACAUACCAUUGACCCAUCGAAGUUUGGCUACUACCGAUUGAAGCUUGCAAUCGAGGCUUUCAGGGGGGAGGCCUAUGUAUGAGGUGGUCCUUCGAGCUUCAUACCCAUAUUGACAUCUCAGAUUCUGUACACGUAUGUGAAAGAAGUUGCAGGCUGUUUUGUCGUAUUGUGAAUAUUGAAACUGAAUAUGAGUUUUUGCAUAACAUGGCACAAUUUUUGACAUUUUGCUCACCACGCGAUAAAGUGGGGUGAUUUUGUAGUUUGUUGCAGGGUGUUCAUUUAUGUAACAGAAUUCAACUGUACUUGUCUUCCAUGGUAGAAGGGCUGUAUUCACUUUCCUUUGUUACAACUAAUUGUUGACAUUCUGUGCUUAACAGAGAUUGUAAAUCCAUCAUUUGGCACAAGUUGCAGCGAAAUGCAAUUUUUUGGGGCCACCCACAUUGUAGCCUUUUUCCAUUA